AUGAUGCAAAAGGGAUCUUAUUUUAUCCUUGAUCAGAGAUUUCUCUAUGAAAAAUAUGAAUCGGAGUUUGAAGAAGGGGAGGGAGAAGGAGCCCUUGACCCCCAGGAGGAUUUAUUCAAUCACAUAGUUUGGGCUCCUAGAAUAUGGCGCCCUUGGGGCUUUCUAUUUGAUUGUAUCAAAAGGCCUAAUGAAUUGGGAUUUUACUAUUGGUCCAGGUCAUUUCGGGGCAAGCAGAUCAUUUAUAAUAAAGAAGAUGCACUUCAAGAGAAUGAUUCGGGGUUUUUGCAGAGUGGAACCAUGCAGUACCAGACACGAGAUAGAUCUUCCAAAGAACAAGGCCUUUUUCGAAUGGGCAGCAGAAGCUUUCACUAA